AAGAUAUCGAUUGGGCACCGUAUGAAGGAGCGGAGUGUUAGUGAAGCCUCUUGGCUGACUUGUCAUCGCUCGCCGUUUUGUUGAUGCUCGGCAGCGGUUUUCCGCGCGCAUGCAACAGAAUGGCGCGAGCAGCUCCAACGGCUCGGGUGUCGGCGGCGGAGAGCGAGAGUCUCCGUCCCGAAGCCCCCUGCUACCGGCGGCGACGACUCGGGUGAGACGGUUUAUCCAGGAGCGGCGCACCCUGCCGCUGCCCAAAGUCAUGGUGGUCUUCUCGACCGUGGGUGACGCCGAGAAAGCCAGCGAUGCCAUGGCCGACGAUGACUCGCGGAAGCCGGCCUCCCCAGCCGUGGCGGCGACGGCAGCGGCGAACGUCUGCCGGGGCAAGCCGUCUCGCUACCCGCUGGACGCCAGACAGGAGCAGGAGUUUCCCGAGGUGAUCUCUCUGAACGUGGGGGGCUCCCUCUUCACCACCCGGCUGUCCACGCUGCGCCGCUACGACGACACCAUGCUGGCCGCCAUGUUCAGCGGGCGCCACCACAUCCCGCGCGACGCAGACGGACGCUUCUUCAUCGACCGCGACGGCGCCUACUUUGGGGACAUCCUGAACUUCCUGCGUGAGGGCGAGCUGCCCCAGCGCGAGCGCGUCAGGGCGGUGCACCGCGAGGCGCAGUACUACUCCAUCCCAACCCUGCUGGAGCUCCUGGAGGACACGCAGCCGCUCACCGGAGAGAAAGUGCGGCAGGCCUUUCUCGACCUGCUGCCCUACUACAAAGACAAUCUGGAGCGCAUCGUGGAGAUUGCCAAGCUGCGCGCCACGCAGAAGAAGGCGCGCUUCGCCAAGCUGAAGGUGUGCGUCUACAAGGAGGAGAUGCCCAUCACGCCGUACGAGCGUCCGCUCUUCAACUCGCUGCGCUCGGAGCGCGCCGAGGGCGAGGCCAAGCUCUUUGAGCACCACUGCGACGUGGACGUCUCCUUCGGGCCCUGGGAGGCGGUGGCCGACGUCUACGACCUGCUGCACUGCAUCGUGGGCGACCUGGCGCACCGCGGCAUCGCCGCCGAGCAGCAGUGCAUCGGCGUGUGUGACAAGCACCUCAUCAACCACUACUACUGCAAGAGGCCCAUCUACGAGUUCAAGAUCACCUGGUGGUGAAAGGCGGGCCCCCCCAACCCCCCCCCCCCCCCCU